ACCACCCUCCCACACCACCGGAGGAAACUUAAACCACCACCAGGUCACUCCCCCUUCACUACAGCUCGGCGCUCCGGGACAUCGGCACUGCAGCCCAGCACGCUCCUGCUCCCACAGGUGCCAGGACCGGCCCCAGCCCACACGAGCUUUCUGUAUCGGUGACACCACCUGGAAGGGACCCAAGAUGUUGGUGCUACUGGCUGGUAUCUUUGUGGUUCACAUCGCCACUGUCAUCAUGCUCUUCGUCUCCACCAUUGCCAACGUUUGGAUGGUGGGUACGUCCAGCUUGGGAACGGUCUCAACGGGACUCUGGCUACUGUGCAACAACACCUGCGAGCAGCUGCCGGUCAGCACUAGUGAUGAGGCUUCCCUCAAAGCCGUGCAAGCCUUUAUGAUCCUCUCCAUCAUCUUCUCCGUCAUCGCACUCGUCAUGUUCAUUGCCCAGCUGUUCACCCUGGAGAAAGGCAAACGUUUCUACAUGACUGGAGCCAUCAUGCUGGUUUGCUGGUUGUGCAUUCUGAUUGGAGUCUCCAUUUACACAGCUCGGUUCACAGGCAAGGUGCCCCUGUCUACAAAUUCUCACCAUGGCUACUGCUUCAUAUUGGCCUGGAUCUGCUUUUGCUUCAGUUUCAUCAUCAGCAUCCUCUACCUUGUUCUUAGGAAAAAAUAAGGCCGAUGGGAGUCUAGGGGAGAGGGAUGGCUACUGGGAAUAGGGAAGAACUGCUCUGCUGAGAGAACUGUCGGGCCAAUAGAAAAAGAUGGAAACAGCCACCAUCAUCGCCACUGCCGCCACCACAGAAAAAUCACUAACAAAGCUAGAAUCCUCAGAAACUCCUUCACCAAAGAGAGGGAGAAACAGCUCCAACUGAUCUAGCAUCCCUGAAGCUGCUGCACCAGAAACCUGCAGGUGACCCAGACAGCUCUUCUCCUUUUCUGCAGCGUUAUGUCAUACCUUCACAAAGCUUCAAGCUCAGCAGUGGUGAUUGAAGGGCACCACAAAAACAAGGGCUACAUCUUUUUCCCUUCCUAGAGCCCUUCUUCACUUACCUUUCGGUGUGCCUUGUGGGUUGGGCAGUGAGGCUUAUGACCCCUUUUUUUGUCCAUUGAAACAAAUGGGAUGGGCCUUUUGUUACAUUUUUAUAUAUAUAUAUAUAAAUAUAUAUGCACAUAUGUGAAAGUUAAAGACAUUAAAUUGAGAAGCAACCCAAUAGAAAUCAGACUAAAUUACUAUUAAAAAUAUCUACAGAACUAAGGCAGCAAUUUUUAUUUUUUUUUGCUGCUCUGUUUACUAUUUGACAUUCCCAUGGUUGAAUCAGAUUGAGGUAGGAAGGGCAAAUUUACAGGUGUGGAUGAUGAAGAAAGAGAGAGAGAGAGAGAAAAUGUGGAGGGGAAGAUACACAGGGGUUCCUAAUUACAGAGGAUGCAAUUGCUCAAUGAGGCACAUGCAGGGAGAGAAUCAUUUGGGUGUGUGUCUACAGCAAAAUCUUCUGUUCAGCUCCAGAACAUGGUAACAGCACCACAACAUUGCAGAUCUUUGAUGAGACAAGUCCUUAUCUGUAGGCAGGGUUUUUUUUUCCCACGUUGUCACCCAGGACAUGGUAUUAAUUGAGAACCCCACCUUGCGACACAGCUCAUCUCAAAGGCAGAAGAUACUGGUUAGCACACAAAAUAUAUUCCCUAAUGAGAGAUUUGGAGAGAUGAGGCAGGGCUUGUGAGUUCUGCUUCUUGCUGCACAACCUUAGGCCAGUCACUUAACCCAGGUGCUUUUCCAUCUGCCAAAUUCCAUGAAACUAUACCUACCUCCCAGGGCUGCUGAGAGAUUUUGAGUCCACUCUGUAAUACAAGGUUCCCAUGUGAAAGGUUGGAACGGGAAAGUAAGGCAUUGGUGCUGCUGUAACCCACAAAUUUCUGUCCCUUCGAAGAAUCUUAGUCACAAGUGGCAUUUAGAAGGGCCAAGAGGUCAAAACUUCCUGGGACUCCAUCCACAACUAAAAGGCAGCGAGUAUAAAAAACCAUGCAGGUGCAGAUUGUGCAUGGAUGCUACUUACUUUUCUCUCUCUCUUUCUGUUACAUUUUCUUCUUAUGUAGAUUUUAUCAGUUUGGUGGAUAUAUUCUAGUACUGUAUGUUGCUGUUUCAUUAACAAAGGUUAUUUCAUAUAUAGUCAUUGUAAAUAUUUUGAAAUGCUUAUUUUUAAC